AUGAAGCAUACCGUUAUUCUUGCCUUGAAUCACUCUAUAAACCCACAAAGUUUCAUUGAAAUCCAUGAUAUUGAAAUUAUUAAGGUAUUAAACGACGCCGGAAUUUUGGUCUCGAUAAAACGGCUCGAUUCAAACAUCGAUGUGUCGCGUUUUCUGGAGACCACAUAUUGGAAAUUAGGUGUUUUUAUGGAUUUACGAUGUCCCUUCGCAGACAGUGAUGCCGCAAACAUUUUCUACGAGGCCUCAGCCCAUUAUAUGUUCGACCACUUGCACAAUUGGUUGAUUCUGGAGGAAAAUGGGCGGAAUGUGACAGAAACCAUGCAAUCAUUGAACGACAGCACAUUCAGUAUCAUCACUGAUUUUGUAAUUUCUAUAUCAAAAGACGAUGAGUGUAUUUUAUACGACGUCUAUAAUCAUUGUAAGCAUUGCGGUGGUUCACUCAAUGUCGUGGAACUGGGCACAUGGACAAGAAUCAAUGGAUUAAAUGUUGAUUUGUUGGAAGAUAAGUUUACUAGAAGAUGGAACUAUAAUAAGUUAAAAGUAAAGGCUGCUGGUAUUGUAACAGCUAGACCGAAAGAUCAAGAUCUACUAGAGUAUCUCCAACAGCAGGAUACCGCACUAGUAGACAACUGGUCGAAAUUCGGUUACUCGAUGUUAAUAGAAAUUGCCGCGAUGUUUAAUUUAACUCUGGACAUGAUAGAAUUAACACACUGGGAGAAAGAUGAUAGAAACGGCCCAUUGAUGGCUGGCCUCAAACAACGAGAUUUCGAUGUGGGAUAUUUUCCGUCAAUUCUAACAAACGAUAGGCUUAAUUACGCUAACGUCGCGCUGCAAGUGUGGCCUGCACGAACCUGCUUUAUGUUUCGUACUGUACCCUCCCUGAUAACCGACAUGAACCUUAUCUUCCGGCCAUUUGAAACGACCGUUUGGUACAUGGUUUGUUUAUUGUCGAUUGUUAUAAUAAGUACAUUAUGGUUAAUCUGGAAAGUACACAAACAGUCUGAUUAUGGAGAAAGUACUCUUAUCCUUAUUGCCGCGUUAUGUCAGCAAGGACUACCAUUUCAGAAUAAUCAGUAUGCAGGCCGUAUUGCCUUCCUUCACACCAUGAUAUUCGGUCUACUUCUAUAUAAUUGCUACUCGGCAGCAAUGGUGUCCAGUCGGUUGAAUGUUCCUCUGAACAAAAUGAACGAUUCCCUGUACUCGCUCGUGAAAAGCAAGAUAAAACUCGUCGCUCAUAAAGAGGUCUUCUUCAACGUCUUGAUAAACUCCCCAGCACCGGAUGUACAAUACUUUCGAAGACACUGGGAAGCUAUACCAGAGGAGAAGAGAUUUGAGGAUUUGGACGAAGGCGUAAGGAGAAUCCUGAAGCCUGGAUUUGCCUAUCUCGCGGAUCCCAUCGUUAUUUAUCCACUUAUAGAACGUAUAUUCACGAAGCAGAUGAUUUGUCAGCUUACUGAAGUUCACUUGCUUCGACCUUCCUCAUUGGGCAUGUGGACAGCGCGGCAUGGCCAGUUUCAUGAAAUAACAAAGAUAGGUUUAAUUAGAAUUACUACCUCCGGAAUUCGACACAGACAGGUAAAGCGUUGGUACUCGAGGAAGCCGUACUGCGACAUGGACAAACAUUAUGUAUCGAGCGUUACAAUUCGUGAAACAAUACCGUUUAUACUACUAUUACUCGUUGGAAUAUUAUUAUCUAUUAUUAUCUGCCUCAUAGAAAACAUGGUUUUUCGUGCAUCCAAAACCGACAAACCAAUAAAUAUGAUACCGAAAUAUUUGAAAAACAUUUACAACGCCGAUAAAGUAAUCCCUAUCAUCGUUGCAUAG